AUGGGAUGUCACCUCAGAUUUGUGACAAACGUUCAUUUCAACCAUGAUCGAUCACUACGUGAACAGCAGAUUGAUGUCGUUUCAUCACCGGUACACACCCAAGAAUUGAACUCCAAACCGUCUACCACUACCAUGUCUCAAUGCAGUACACCAUUUUUACCAACUCUCUUUUGUUGUGGAUUCCAACCAUUUCUUCUUCAUCAAAGUGGAGGUGUUGAAGAUACUAAGCACUGCAACUCAACGAAGAAUGCAAAGAAUCAAAACAACGCUAACCAAUCUUCCAUUCUUGUAAUGUCCAGAAUUGACGGACAAGACAGACCCAUAUGCGCAUCAACAAUAGAGAGUCUAACCAGUUAUUCCAACUUUCAGAAAGAAGUGAACUCCCUUCUGUAUCCCACACCAGUGAUUACUUAA